AUGAAGUCUGCAAAGAGUGCCAACCAUCAAAACCUAAUCUCAUCAUUCGUCGAGAUCGCCGUUGGUGAAACCAAGGCAUACGCAACACGAUUCUUAAAGUCAACAAGCUGGGACCUUGAAGAAGCCAUUAACCUCUAUUUCAUGAUCCGUGGACACAAUGAUACUCAGGACAAACUAUGCCCUCCUGCGAAUUGGGACUCGAACAAACCAGAACCGUCCGAUUCGGCCUUAGGUGGAUCAGGUUUGAGUUUGUCUUCUUUGUUCCGCCCUCCUCUGAAACUUCUUUUCCAAGGUUCGUUUGAAGAAGCGAGAUCAACCUCUUGCUGGAAGAAUCAAUGGUUGCUAGUGAAUCUCCAGUCCACGACCGAGUUUGCUUCUCAUGCUCUUAACCGAGAUUUGUGGUCGAACGAGGCCGUUUCUCAAGCCACAGAGUCUAGCUUCGUCUUGUGUCAAGUUUAUGAUGAUACCGCUGAAGGACAGAAAAUCUCUACUCUUUACAAGAUCGAAACUGCUCCUCCUGUGGUGCUUCUCAUCGAUCCUAUCACUUGCGAGAAGAUGCGUUCUUGGAGCGGCGCGAUUGAAGCUCAGGGUUAUGACGUACAUCGAUGCUGUAGGGCCUCCUCACGGACACUAUGCUUCUCGGACAAGAAAAAACGGACUACAUUUUUCUUUAAUUAG